ACACCAGUGUCAGCCAUACAGGUAGAAAUGGGGGAAUUGCCACUAGAGUUAAGAAGGAAGCAGUUGAUGGCUAACUAUUGGGCAGGGUUACAAGGGCAUAAUAAUUCACAUCCCACUAAGGCAGUAUUGCAGGAGAGUUGGGAGAAUGGGAAGAAUCUAAAGGACAAUUUUGGUCGGAUUGGAAAUGUUGUAGCUAAAGAAUUAGAAGUGUUUCAUUUGAGGAUAAGUUCUACGGUAGUCUAUCCAGAGAUUGCUCCGUGGAAGCUCUUCUGGCCUGAGGUAGACUGGUUUGUGCUAGAGGAAAAAAGGAAGGCAAAGGAGGAUAUUAAUUUGGAAAGAGUGUUUAAGAAUUGGGUACUGGAAAAAUAUAAUGAAUAUAUAAAGAUUUAUACAGAUGGUGCUAAGAACCCAGAGACAGAAGUAACAGGAUUGGGGGUGGUGUUACCAGAUAGAGGUAUAGGAGUAAAUAGAAGAACAUCUGAUAAGUUAGGGGUUUACACAGUGGAAAUGCUGGCCAUGUUAAUAGCAUUAAGAUGGGUGGAAAAGACAGGACAGGACAAAGUUUUGAUAUGCUCAGAUUCGGCAUCAGCUCUAGCUAGUCUAAGGUCAUUCUAUUCUAAAAGUCGUCAAGAUAUACUGUUUGAAGUACUCCAGUCAGUGACAAGAAUAGUAAAUCAAGGAAGACAGGUGAAAUUUAUAUGGGUCCCAGGUCAUGUAGGGAUAAAGGGGAAUGAAAUGGCAGAUAAAUUAGCAAAAAGGGCAUUAACAAAAGGAAAAAUAGAAAUGCAAGUAAGUGUUAGCAAAGCAGAGGUUAAAAGUGUAAUAUGGGAGAGAAUAAAUCAAAAGUGGCAAGAGAGGUGGGAUGGAGAAGGGAAAGGUAGGCACUUAUAUCAAAUCCAAAGGGAAGUUAAACAUAAAAUUGUUGAUAGUGGAAAUCGGAGAGAAGAAAUUGUGUUAACUAGGCUAAGACUGGGACAUUGCUUAUUAAACAAAACACUUAAAUUGAUAGGGAGGCAUGAUACUGGACUGUGUGAGGGUUGUCAGGAAGAGGAGUCAGUAGAGCAUGUGGUCUUGAGAUGCAACGGGUUUGGAGCACAGAGAGAGGUGAUGAGGAAUGAGCUAAGGGAGAUAGGGGUUCAGGAUAUUACAUUAAAAGGAUUAUUGAGCACAGAGCAUAGGGCACAGACCAGAAUUCUUAUAAACUUUUUAAGAGUAACUGGGGUUUUUUAUAGGAUAUGAAGAGUUAAAGGAAUAGUGAGAAGGUGGCGGUAAUGCACCAAUACGCUGGAUGC